CCAGGAAGUGAAUUCAGGUGUGGGUGGGAGGCUCCGGAGGGUGCUGGUCGUGGGGGAUGGGACUCCUUGAGACCCUCCCUGUCCCAGGAACGGGAUUCAGGACUUGGGAAAAGGAUUUCCUGAGCCAGUUUGAGCUCUAAUGGGGACCUUGAAUGGGGGUUUCUGAGAUACCUCCUUCCCAAGGAGUAAGCGAGGGAGAGGGCUGGGGUUUCUUCAGAGACGCCCUACCCACAAGACAGGGGCUCCAGGCUCGGGUGGGGAUUGCAGAGACACCCCCACCCCAGGAAACUCGUUAGGCCACGGGAGGGGGUCUUUGAUGAAGGUCUCAGAAAUAGCUCGUCCUCCGGAGGGGAAAUGAGGGCUCGGGCCAGGUUCCUGAGACACCCCACACUCCACACCCAGGAAGUUUCUCAAGUCUGGAAGUGUCUCCAAAUGGACUUCUGCCAGAAGAUGAGUGUUUAAGACUUGCUAGGGGUCCUGGAAAAGACCUCUAGGCCCUAGAAUCGGGGUUAAAUGGGAGUCCCUGUGUCAUUUCUGUCCCUGGGAAGGGGCUCGGUUCGGGUACUUGUCUUUGGCUUCUAGUGAGGAUAUUCAGAGUCGUGGCAGAGAGCACUUUGCAGCGUCUGAGGCAGGGGUCUCCGAGUCUGUCCCCAACCCUCAGCUCACUCAACAGGUUGCAUUAGCUCUGGGCUCGGGCUUGGGGACCCAGGCGGGAAGGAGGGGGGGUGAGGGCAUUAGGAGGGGUGGGGCAGCCAGGCCGACACGUGUCCCUGCAAGGAGUGAGCUGCCUGGCCACGCGGUGAGGGUGGAGGGAAGGGGGGGCCGCGGGGGACCGGGGAAUGAAAGACACAGACGGCAAGAGAGACAGCGAUGGAACUGCAGGAUCCAAAGAUGAAUGGAGCCCUCCCUUCGGAUGCUGUGGGCUACAGGCAAGAACGUGAGGGCUUCCUGCCCAGUCGUGGUCCUGCUACUGGGAGCAAGCCAGUCCAGUUCAUGGAUUUCGAAGGGAAGACAUCGUUUGGAAUGUCAGUGUUCAACCUCAGCAACGCCAUCAUGGGCAGCGGCAUCCUGGGGCUGGCCUAUGCCAUGGCCCACACGGGGGUUAUCUUCUUCCUGGCCCUGCUACUGUGCAUUGCGCUUCUGUCGUCCUACUCCAUCCACCUCCUGCUGACCUGUGCUGGUAUUGCAGGCAUCCGAGCCUAUGAGCAGCUGGGACAGAGGGCAUUCGGGCCUGCGGGGAAGGUAGUGGUGGCCGCAGUCAUCUGUCUGCACAAUGUUGGGGCCAUGUCCAGUUACCUGUUCAUCAUCAAAUCUGAGCUCCCCCUGGUUAUCGGCACCUUCCUGUACAUGGACCCCGAGGGGGACUGGUUCUUGAAGGGAAACCUCCUCAUCAUCAUUGUCAGUGUGUUAAUCAUCCUGCCCCUGGCCCUCAUGAAACACUUGGGCUACCUGGGGUACACCAGUGGUCUCUCUCUGACCUGCAUGCUGUUUUUCCUUGUUUCGGUCAUCUACAAGAAGUUCCAGCUUGGCUGUGCUAUAGGCCGCAAUGAAACAGCAAUGGAGAGUGAAGCUCCCGUGGGACUCCCCAGCCAAGGGUUCAACAGCAGCUGUGAGGCCCAGAUGUUCACAGUUGACUCACAGAUGUCCUACACAGUGCCCAUUAUGGCUUUUGCUUUUGUCUGCCACCCUGAGGUGCUACCCAUCUAUACGGAGCUCUGCCGGCCCUCCAAGCGCAGGAUGCAGGCCGUGGCCAACGUGUCUAUUGGGGCCAUGUUCUGCAUGUAUGGGCUCACAGCAACCUUUGGAUACCUCACCUUCUACAGCAGCGUGAAGGCGGAGAUGCUUCACAUGUACAGCCAGAAGGACCCGCUCAUCCUCUGCGUGCGCCUGGCCGUGCUGCUCGCGGUGACCCUCACUGUGCCAGUCGUGCUGUUCCCUAUCCGCCGGGCCCUGCAGCAGCUGCUUUUCCCAGGCAAGGCCUUCAGCUGGCCACGACAUGUGGCCAUAGCUCUGAUCCUGCUUGUUUUGGUCAAUGUCCUUGUCAUCUGUGUGCCAACCAUCCGGGAUAUCUUUGGAGUUAUCGGGUCCACCUCAGCCCCUAGCCUCAUCUUCAUCCUCCCCAGCAUCUUCUACCUCCGCAUCGUACCUUCUGAGGUGGAGCCUUUCUUAUCCUGGCCCAAGAUCCAGGCCCUGUGCUUUGGAGUCCUGGGAGUCCUCUUCAUGGCUGUCAGUCUAGGCUUUAUGUUUGCCAACUGGGCCACAGGCCAGAGCCGCAUGUCUGGACACUGAUCAGGCCCUGCUGGCCCAGGUCCCUGUGCGCAUGCACAUGGAGGGGUCGGGGCCGCUCCCUAGGGUCCCUCCUGCCCGGCAUGUGGAGGUGGCUGGUUCCCAUGAACGUGGUUGUCAGAGGCGGGGGACAGCAGAGGUUGCAGACUGGCCCACUUCCCUCCUCCCCAGGGAUGCCAAGCUUGGAUCAUGGCCCUAAUCCCAACCCCAACCCCAUGGGAGGAGGAAGAGGAGGAGGAGGAGGCCAGGUCCUGGUGGAGCCUUUACCCAGCCCAGUCCUCUCUGCCUCCUCCUGGCUGAAGCUGUUUGUCAGGAUUACCCUCGGGCUAAAGAGGAAAAAUAAAGAUGUUGAGCUACCA